AUGUGCUCACGAGCGAUGAUAGCGACGAUACAAGCGGUAGGAAUGGCUCUACCGAUGUGUCGUUGUCUUCAUUGCAAGCGUCGUUACCUAUGCCUGACGCCUCAGUGCCCUCAUUCGCUCCAGCAUCUACCUGUACGAUCAGCCCAAGCUCGGCGACUCAAGGUCAGGAAGAAGUGUUGGGACACUACCACAAGAGGAACAACGAUGACGCUGGGGAUCUUACAUCCUUGUCAGCUCUCCAAGCGUCGCUACCCUUACCGGACGAGGUCACGGCGCCAAUGCCAACCUUGUCUGACGCUAGCAAUUCAUCCGUGGGUCGUGACGGCGGUGUUAACGACUCCAGCACGAACGGAGCUCUCCAGUUGUCGGACCUUGAAACGAAUUUUUCCAUAA